AGAAUCUGUUUCUCUGCCUCUCGUUCCCUCCCUUCUCAGCUCCGGCCAGUGUCGGGAGCUGGAGAGAUCUAUUAUCGCGUUCGGACACAGAGGACCUCAGUGUGCAGUGCUCCAGAGCGACGAUGGCUUCAGCCGGCCUGGAAAUCCUGGGCAUGAUUCUGUCUGUGGCUGGCUGGCUGGGUGCAAUGGUGGCCUGCUGCCUGCCCAUGUGGCGCGUAGCGGCGUACGUGGGUCAGAACAUCGUGAUCACACAGGUGGUGUGGGAGGGCCUGUGGAUGAGCUGCGUGGUACAGAGUACAGGCCAGAUGCAUUGCCAGAUCUACGAUUCUAUGUUAGCGCUGCCCAAUGAUCUGCAGGCUGCACGAGCUCUGGUUGUCAUCGCUGUCUUCUUUGGCGUGGUGGGGAUGACUCUGGCCGUAGCAGGCGCCAAGUGCACCAACUGUACGUCGGAUGUGUCCAACAAGCCUCGCAUCAUGUUGGGUGCCGGUGUGGCAUUCGGCAGCACCGGGCUGUUGUUGCUUGUGGCCAUAUGCUGGUCAGCCUACACCAUUGUCCUGGACUUUCACGACCCACUGUUGCAGGACACGCAGAAGAGGGAGUUCGGGAACUCACUGUAUUUCGGUUGGGGCGCCUCCUGCCUGCUCAUCCUAGGGGGAGCCAUACUUUCCUGUUCGUGCCCUUCCAGAGCACCCAAGGAUCCUGCAUCUCCUGGAGUGCAGUACUCAUCGGUGAAAUCAGUGGCUUCAAAUGGAUACUGCAGAAGGGACUAUGUUUGAAUGGUGUAGGUUGGUAAAUGAGCGUUUGUCCAGCGACAAUAAAAACUGUGCCCAAAUUUUAUUCAUCUGGACAAACACCAGAGAGAUAUGAUAGAAUGGCUGAUAAAUGAUUGAACAAUGGCAUAGAGUUAAUUCAUUCAGCAACAGUAUACUAAUAGAUGUGUACUUUCACCUGUAAAUUUAAAAAUAGACCUAGUACUGUAUAAUAACCUUUGUGUUACAGACAGAUUUUGAGACACAUUGAGAAGUCUUUCCAGUAGAACACUGCUGACUAAAAAGUAUCCAACAUGUCUAAGUACGUUGCAUUUUUUUACACUACAUUCCAGGCCCUCAGAGUUUACGUGAUUACGGCUGAUGUGCACUGCAAGGCUUAGUAAUGAAACAUUUUCUGAAGCUAAUAAAGUUCUUAUCUCAAGUCAGUCAGCACAAAACUUUUUCACUGCAAUGUUUCAGUUUUUCAUCUUCUUGUAAAUGGAUGAACAUUCCCGGAAACCUGAGACUUUGCAAAGGUAAGCUGGAUAAGCUGAAAUAAGGAAUUCUUAGCCCAAAGUGCACUAUAUCAUUUGAAAUCUACCCAGCUCUUGAGGGGCUGCUACACAUUGGAUAUUACCUUCCUGAGUCGGUGUAGGUACAAUGCAGCCAUUGUUCUGAGACCUUCUUCUGCUUCUUUGUGUCCACUGCUCAAUUCUUUAAUUCAGGGGAGUGUAACCGAAACUAGCCACCAUGAGAAGAAAGCACCUUCCUUUUUGCUUAGCUGGGGCUAACCCUGCAAACUGUGACCUUCCUUUGUUUUGGUGGUACAACAUCGUGGAAAGACAAAUGCAGUUUAAACAAAAAAAUUGAAAUUUUUGUCAGUGCUGUGGUCAAGAAAAAUGUACAAUUAUCAGUUAAAAACAAUUAUAUGGAAAAGACUUGCAGAGAAAUGUGAUUAAGCCUGAAACACCCAUAAGACUAAUUGAUGAUGGAUUCAGAGUGGCAUUAGCAAUUUUGUGUAGCAAACAGUUAGAUACUGCUAUGCUGAAAACACAAUAUAUUAGAACUCUCCCUUUCUUUUUUAAACAACAUUCCAGGCUUGGUUUAGUUAGCAUUGCCAGCUUUUACAGUGUAAUAUUACCAUUAUAAGUUAACAAGACACUCAAAGGAUCAUCAUGGAUUUGCUUCUGAAUGGUCUUUAAGAGAAAAUUCUUGCCAUCACAAGAGUUCAUUCAGUGUGUACUGUAUUGGUUGAGUGUUAAUCUAACUCUUGGAUUGCACAUGCACGGGUUCAUUUAGUCAAUAAGAACCUAAGAAUAGAAGAACAUGCAAAAAAACAACAACAACAACAACAACAUAACAAUGUCCUCCAAGACCUUUUUGAGCUGUAAACCAAAAAUACCCAUCUAUCUUAUUUUCACAUUGCUGUGGCUGACAUGCACUAGUUUCUGUUUUCCUGAACAAAAGACAGGACAAAUGAUUCCAGCACUAUCAGCUGGCCAGUUUCACUCAGGUCUUAUUUGUCUCAUUUUUCUGUUUGCUUAAAUGUUAGCGGAAAUUACUGCCUUUUCUAUUAAGGAAAUAAAUCAUUUCGGGUGUUCCCCGAACGAUUAAUAACUGGCUUCAGCCAAGGAAAUACCUUUAUAUGGCAGUUUUAUGCCGCUUUGAUCACCGACAAUUUAUAGACUAAGAUUCUUUGACACAAUGUCAACACACGCAUGUAUGAAUUUUCCUCUCAGGUCAUACCCGUUUCCUGACACUUUUUUUUUGUUUGGUGGUUUAAGUGUAACCUAUUAGUUAUCCUUUAACCAGACACCCCCUAGGCCAUGGUUAUCAAUUCACUGCUCACUUUGGGUGG